AUGACCGACUUCGAAGACCAAGACACGGAAAAGGGCUCUCCCCCGCCGACAGCCACAGCCACCCCCGCCAAAGCCCUCUUCCCCGAGACUGACCUGUCUCGAGGCAUCGUGGGCUGGGACAGCCAGGACGACCCCGCCAACCCGCAGAACUUCGCCGACAGCAAGAAAUUGACGUUGCUGGUGCUGAUCAGCUCCAUCACCUUCAUCUCGCCGCUCGCCUCCAGCAUGUUCUCCCCGGCCGUGGGCUACAUGGGCGAAGAGUUCGGCGUGUUCAAUGAGACCCUGCUCUCCUUCAGCGUGACCAUCUACCUCCUCGGCUAUACCUUCGGCCCGCUCUUCCUCGCCCCCCUCAGCGAGAUCUACGGCCGACGGAUCAUCCUCAGCUGCGCGAACUGGUUCUUCGUGGCCUGGCAAAUCGGCUGCGCACUCGCCCCCAACAUCACCGCGCUCGUCAUCUUCCGGUUCUUCGCGGGCAUCGGGGGCGUCGGCUCCAUCACGCUCGGCGCGGGGGUCAUCGCGGACCUAUUCCCGAUUGAAAAGCGCGGCAUGGCGACCUCCAUCUGGGCCCUGGGCCCGCUGAUCGGCCCCGUGGUCGGGCCCAUCUGCGGCGGGUUCGUGGGCGAAGAGAUCGGGUGGCGGUGGGUAUUCUGGAUUCUUCUCAUCGCGGGCGCGACGAUCUCCAUCGGAAUCGAGAUCCUCAACCGGGAGACCUACGCCCCCGUGCUCAUCCGGUGGAAAACGGCGCAACUCUCCAAGUCCCUGAACCGGAACGACCUCCGCAGCGUCUUCGACCUCUCCACCGGCACGACACCCCCCACCGUCACCCAAGCCCUGAAAAAGGGCCUCAAACGCCCUCUCCUCCUGCUGAUCAGAUCGCCCAUCGUCCUCCUCCUCUCAACCUACAUGUCCGUCAUCUAUGGCCUCCUCUACCUCUUCUUCACCACCAUCACCUCCGUCUUCGAGGAAACCUACGGCUUCUCCACCGGCCUCUCCGGCCUCGCCUACCUCGGCAUCGGAAUCGGCUUCAUGACCGGCCUGCUCUGCAUCGCACUCACCUCCGACAAGAUCGUCCUCAAGCUCACCGCCCGCAACGCCGGCGUCUUCGAGCCCGAGAUGCGUCUCCCCACCAUGAUCUUCUUCAGCUGUCUCCUCCCCGUCAGCUUCUUCUGGUACGGCUGGUCCGCCAAGUAUCAUGUCCAGUGGAUCGUGCCCAUCAUCGGCAUGGCGCCCUUCGGCAUCGGCAUGAUGGGCGUCUAUAUGCCUAUCCAGACGUACGUGAUCGACUGUUAUCCGGCGUAUGCGGCGAGUGCGAAUGCCGCGCUCACGGCGGAAAGGUCGCUGGUGGGAGCGCUGUUGCCGUUGGCCGGGCCCAAGAUGUUUGAUUCACUUGGCCUGGGGUGGGGGAAUUCGUUGCUCGGGUUUAUUGCGUUGGCGUUUGUGCCGGUGCCGAUUCUGUUUAAUAAGUAUGGGAGGAGGAUUAGGGAGAGAUAUCCGGUUGAGUUAGAGAAGUAGGGGGUUAUUUUUUAUUUAUUUAUUUUUUUUU